GGAAAAGGGAUUUGCGGGGAACAGAGCGGAAACGCCGCGCGGGGAAGGAUGGAGGCUGCAGCCUCAGAGGCCCUGGCCAAGCUGGUAGACAUCCUGGAGCCUAGAGGCCUGCAAGAGGAGGCAGAACUGCCCGGACAGAUCCUGGCUGAGUUUGUGAUGGAUUCCCGAAAGAAAGACAAACUUCUCUGCAGCCAGCUUCAAGUAGUAGACUUCCUGCAGAACUUUUUGGCUCAGGAGGACAUUCUCCAGGGUCUGGACCCCUUGGCUUCUGAAGACACAAGCCGACAGAAGGCAAUUGCAGCCAAGGAGCAAUGGAAAGAGCUGAAGGCUACCUACCAAGAACAUGUGGAGUCCAUCGCAAAGGCCCUAACCCAGGCCCUACCCAAGAUGGAGGAGGCCCAGAGGAAGCAGGCACAGCUCCAGGAGGCCCUUGACCAGCUCCAGGCCAAGAAGCAAGUGGCCAUGGAGAAACUCAAAACAGCCCAGAAGCAGUGGCAGCUGCAACAGGAGAAGCGUCUACAGCACUUGGCAGAAGUUUCCGCAGAGAUGAGGCAGCGUCAGACAGGAAGUCAGCAGGAGCUUGAGCGGCGAUAUCAGGAACUUGGAGCCCUGAAGCAGCAGGCAGGGCAGGAGUGGGACAAGCUGAAGAGGCACCAGACCUUCCUCCAACUGCUGUACACCUUGCAGGGUAAGCUGCAAUUCCCUGAGACAGAGGCAGAGCUACCACAAGAUUCGGAUCUUCCUAAGGAUAAACCCCAGCAGCUGACCCAGCCCCAGGAGCAGACCAGUGGGGAUACCAAGGGACGAGAUGGAGGUGUGUCCUCCAAGGCUGACGAAGUACCACCUGCUAGCACUGCAAACUUGCCAUGACUCCUGGGGGACAGCAACGUGGGAAAGGAUCCUAGGUUAGGUAAAACUCCAACCCAGGGUCUUGUGUUUCUGGACUGCAGGAAUGGGAGAAGGGAGGGUCUCUGGUUUACCUGUCUAUAUGAGCUCAGCUGUUCAUGGUUCUUUGGAAAGUGGGGAGGAACAAGGGGUGUAUCUUAUGGUUGAAGCUUAGCACCUCACCCCCAUGCCCGACCUACCCUGUUCUGACCCCUCUCUUACUCUUUCCCAAACCCAUUGCCCUGCCCUCAUUGCAGGUGCAUUGUGAACUUCUGAGCACAGCUUGAUUUCUGACCAAGACCCAGGUGGGGCCAGGCUCUGGAUUCUGUUGAU